AUGGCGGGUGGUUUCAAACCGCAUAAAUGGGCGAGCAAUGAUCCUCGACUAGUAGACGACAACCCUGAAUCAGAGCGGGCCGCGCCAACAAGUAAGACGUUCGACACUACUACUUUAAAAAUUCUCGGUAUCUCCUGGCAUCACUGUGAAGAUACCUUUAGGGUCGAGAUCCGGCUCGAGGAUCCCAAGACCUAUACCAAACGAUCCUUUCUUUCAUUAGUCGCACGGAUCUUCGAUCCUAUGGGAUGGGUGUCCCUUUCAACCAUAAUAGCUAAAAUUCUUAUUCAAUUGUUUUGGCUCAAUAAGGUGGAGUGGGAUACGCCCCUCACCGAAUCUCUUCUGGGUCUCAGAAACGUGUCUCUUCUGUACGCUAAGACUAAGGUUGCGCCCCUCAAAGUGUUAAGCGUGCCGCGUUUAGAGUUGUGCGCUGCAGUCUUACUCGCUAGGUCCAUGGUGUUCGUUCAGCGGGCGAUGAAGUUGGAAAACGUGCCCAUUCAUUGUUGGACAGACUCGUCUGUCGUUUUAGCAUGGUUGUGCGCGACUCCAUCGCGCUGGCAUACGUUUAUAGCCAACAGAGUCUCUGAAAUUCACUCUAACCUUUCGAACGCCACAUGGAGACACGUUCCCACCGCGGUCAAUUCCGCGGAUUGUGCCUCUCGUGGCAUGAGCGCUCCUGAUUUGAUUUCACAUAGUCUAUGGUGGCAGGGACCGUCCUGGUUAUGA